AUGGCAUGCUCAAAAAUAUUUUCAGGAGAUUUACCUGAAUUAACAAAAGAAAUUAUACAAUAUUUUAGAAAAGAUUUUUUAACAUUACAUUCAUGUAUUUUAGUUAAUAGACUAUGGUGUCGUUUAGCCAUUCCAUUAUUAUGGGAAGAUCCAUUUUCAAAGGAUUAUCCCAAAAAUUACCACUUCAUUGAAAUUUACUUUUCUAAAUUAAAUGAAAAUGAUAAAACAAAAUUUAAUGAAUAUGGAAUUAAAUUUGAUUUAUUACAUUCAAAUACGUUAUUCAAUUAUCCUAGUUUUAUUAAAUACUUGGAUACAAAUAAAAUUUGGCAUUCUAUUAAAUAUUGGGUUGAUCUCUUAGUGGAUGAAUAUGGUGGUGAGCUAGAAAAUAAGUUACUAAACUUAGUUUAUAGGUCAUUAUUUAAAGUGUUUAUUGAAAAUGAAGGAAAUUUAUAUUCUUUUGAAAUUAGUCGUUGUUAUGAUAAAUAUCUUAAUGAUAAUAUAGACUUGAUUUUACAAAAUCCAAAUUUAACAUACAAUAUAAGAAAUUUAAGAUUAUCUAAUGAUUCUAUUUCAUUUCAAAAUAUUAUUCCAUUUUUUAAAUUUUUAUGUUUUAAUUGCAACUCAAUCUCAUCAAUUGUUUUUGAAUUUCUUACCAACAAUAGUUCAAUAAUUGAACAUUUAUCACAAAUUAUUAUUCCACAAAAUAAUCUUAAAAAAAUUUCAUUUGAACUUAAUACUAGUACUUUAUAUAAACCAUUUUUAUCAUUAAAAACUUCUAAUUGUUCAAAUACUUUAAAUAUAAUUAUAUUUUAUUAUAUUGAUUUUAAGAAUAUAAUUAGUAUUUUACAAGAGGUUUUUAAUCAAUUGAAUGUUUUAGAAUCCAUCCAUAUUCUUUAUUGUGGGUCUUUAAAUUCUGAUUUUGUUCAACAAAUUAUUAAGGUUAUUAAACCUUUUAAAUUGAGAUCUUUGUUUAUGAAUGAUAUAUUAAAUGUUGAACCAUUACAAUUACUAUUACAGAAAUUUGGUGAUUGUUUAGAAAAUUUUGGAUUUGAAGUUAAUAGUCGUUACAGAGAUGAUAGCAAAGAUUACGAACAAGAAGAUAACCAACGACAAUUAUUUAAAUUAAUUAUGAAAUAUUGUACAAAGAUUAGAUAUCUUAAUUCGAGUAUACCUUAUGAUAAUAAUAUUUAUCCAUUCAUUGAAAAUAAUCAACAUAAUAUUAAUUAUAUUACUAUUGAAAAAGAUUAUUUAGAUGAAGAUACUAAUUAUAGUUCAACUGUAUUACAAAAUUUAGGUCAGGUUCUUCCUUCUAAAUUAGAAUAUUUAUAUUUAGGCUUUACUUUUAGGACAGAUGAUCUGGAAAUAUUUUUAAAUUAUUCACAAAAUACUUUUAUUAAGAAAUUAUUAAUUAAAGAUAAAGGUUUACAUAUAAAUGAAGAUAUUUUAUCUUGUAUAAAGAAAUAUAUUAUUGAGAAGGAAAGGGUUAAAUAUUUGGCUAUUUCUCCUAAUAUCACGAAUUAUGAAUUGUUUUCUUUAAAAAACGAAGUAAAUGAAUUUAAAUUACAUAAUAUUAUAGUUCAAAGAUUCCUUGAUUUAUAUACUGAUGCAUAUAGUUUAAUAAAUGAUCAUUUACUAUAAUUUUAAUAAAUAAAGACUUGCGUAUUUUAUU